CAUCGUUCAGUCACCAUUCUAGGGUUUCGAAGAGAAUGGACGACAAUCUGAUUACAAUGGACUCUGAUGAUGACGAGAUUUUCGACUCCGAUGAAGAUAUUUUUGAUGAAACUGUUGAUGUGAUGAAUGCUAGGCUUUCACUAACGAAGUCCACACGGGGAUUUCGCGUGUGUCAUGAACAUUCAGAUGAAGAAAUCGAUCAAGAUACCGAUGGUUGUUCUAAAUGUUCUAAAUUGUGGAAGCAUAAGAAGGACAUGACCAUUCAAGAUGUUGUGAAGGAGCAAGUUCUUUGUUUACUCCCAGCCAAAGCACUUUGCAGGUGCAAAAGUGUUUGCAAAGAGUGGAACCAGUGGAUCACUAGACCUUUCUUAGCACACUUGCAGUCUUACUCUUUCCGCGACAUCUCUGGUCUUUUUUGCCAAAUUCCCUACACAAUUAAACCCUUCUUCAUCUCACUAAACCAUUCUGCUUCUGGCGUUCCCAGCCCCACCCUCAGUUUCUUGCCCGAAGAUGUCAAGGUCUGCGCCACAUGCAAUGGCUUGCUUUGCUGCAAAAGCCAUGUCUCUUUCGACACCAAGUACUACAUUUGCAACCCUGCAAACAAGGAAUGGAUGGUCCUUCCCAAGCCGGAAUUGUACCACGGGCUGAACUCAGCCGCGGUGCUAGCUUUUGAGCCUACUGCAGACAAUGUCAAAGCGCAUUUCCAGCUCAUUUGUGCCGUCCCUUUGAUUGACACUCCAGUUGUGUAUUUCGAGAUAUACUCUUCACGGUCCAACUCUUGGCGUGCUGCGAAGACAGAGUGCUGGGAGCCAGAUGCUUUGGUCCUGAAUGAUGAUGGAUUCUUCUUGAACGGAGUUGCCUUGUGGGAGACUUCUCACAGUGAUCAGGUCCUGGCUUUUCAAUUGAAGGAUGAGCAAUAUGGCACGCUUCCCCUCCCUCAAAGAAAGGGAUCGAAAGGAGCUUUGUCUGCAAUUCAUGGAGAGUUGUGUUACAUUCUGCCUCAUGAAGAGGAAAAUGAAGUGACAAUGGAGAUCUACGGAGGUUUGAAUAUGAGCCUGAAGUACAACAUUCCUCUGAGUCCUGAAGCCUGCUCUGAAGUUGGUGGAAAAGAGUUGAGGGCAUUGCCUUGUGUGAAUGAAGAUCUGCUGACGCUUCUUGUUGGAAAUAAGAUGUGUGUUUAUCACGUGAAAGAAGGGAAGCUUGAGAUUAUCAGAAACGUUUAUACUCAAGAUGGGAGGUUUCUGCCCUAUGUGAACAGCCUUGUGCCUGUUGGUCAACAGUUGGUGGAGAAUGAUGAAUAUAGUGGCAUUUGA